AGUAUUGUGUUCCAGAUGUGCUGAAACACUGAAAAGCAGGUACCUGGCAGGCAUGUCUUUCUCCCGCCGUCUCCCUCCGUGCCUUGGCAGAGAGAGGGUCCACCUCACUGGGAGCCUGACCUUCUAGCGGGAGCCGUGGCGCUUUGGGAAAAGCACUCUGCACUCACUCUCUUGGCCCUUCUCAGCUGAGGGGCUGCUGCCAACAGGAAGCAUGUGUCUGCUGAAUAUGGCUGGCAGGCAGCUCCUGUUUCCAUGGUUACUAAACGGGGAAGGUUAGUAUUAGGGCUGUCCAAGGAAAAACUGGCAUUGAGGGCAGUGCUUAUGCAGGGGUCUUCCUCUGGCUUGCUUUAACCCUCUUUUUGAAUUAGGGGAUGGGCAACAUUUGACCUGAGCUAAUGGAGGUUUCCUUCAAGGACCUACCUGGCUUCCCAGCCCUGGCUUUAAUCACAGCUAUUUCCCUCGGUGCCGAGGGGCAGGCCUUCCAGGCAGUCAGAGAGGCGUAGUGGUGCUCACCCUUCGGGACCUUUUCCAGAGCUCAGAGCUGCCUGACUGGGCCCCUCCCUUCCUCAGUCCCUGGGAGUUCCUUAGAAAUGCUCACGCCUAUAAUCCCAGCACUUUGGGAGGCUGAGGCAGGUGGAUCACAAGGUCAAGAGAUCGAGACCAUCCUGGUCAACAAGGUGAAACCCCGUCUCUACUAAAAACAAAAGUUAGCUGGGCAUAGUGGUGCGCACCUGUAGUCCCAGCUACUCAGGAGGCUGAGGCAGGAGAAUUGCUUGAACCCAGGAGGCGGAGGUUGCGGUGAGCCAAGAUCGUGCCCUUGCACUCCAGUCUGGGUAAAAACAGCGAAACUCCAUCUCAAAAAAAAAAAAAAAAAGAAAAAGAAAAAAGAAAUGCCCUCCUCUGUCCCCAAGCGGGCUUGGUGUUUAGAAAGCCCUGCAUCCAAAUUUGAUGAGUCCCCAAUUCCAUGUACCAGAUCAUCAGAAAGUGGCCCACUGCCCCAGGUCACAGCCCUUUCACGGGGCUGUGUAACAGAUUUAAUCAUAAGACAUUUAAAUAUCUAUUUGUGUUUCUAUAUGAUCAGAUACCAGGUUCUGCAGUCUGAGGUUGGAGUCCCUAGCCCUUUGUUCUCUGCUGAGUGGCAUACUGGUCUAGUCCUCUGUUUCUUUGUAACUAGAAUAAUCAUUGUGGGGAGAAUGGGAGGAAUUGAUUAGUGUAAAUAGGUGAUGUUUUAAAGCUUAACAAGUCAGUGAAGGACACUUUGAGAAUUCAUGCAAUUAUCAUCUUCAGUUACAAAAACAACUCGUUAUUUUAGUCUCUCUCCUUGACCGUUUCAGGAGAAAAUUGAUUAAAACCUUUGAGUGCUGCUUCAGAAAUUAUUUUUGGUGUGGAAUAAAAAUAAAAGUGCUUAGAAAACAGUUACCUAAUAAGAUUAGUCCAUUAUUUAAUACUAGUGGAACAAAUUCUUUGGGUAUUUUGGAGAUAUUUCUUAGAAUAAACAGAGAAAUCCUCAGGUAACCAGAGCUGUGAUUCCAGAGUGGCCUAAGUGUCUUUGAUUUUGUUUUUACCCUGGCUCUGGAGCACUUUAUUUUUAAUUCUGUGUGAUUUACAUGUCUGAGGUAUUUGCAUAUUACUUUCAGGAAUGCAUUGCAUUCAUAAUUUCUUGGGGAAGGGUGCCUGGGCUUCGAAAGCUCUUGGCUGAUUAAUCUCACUGAAUUUCUGUGCAGGAUUUCAGGCACUGCUCCCCUCCCUUUUCCCCAGCCUGGAAUGGUACCUUUCUAGCCUCUUGGGGAGGUUUUUAGCUAAGGAAUUGUUAUUUUCUCUCAAAGGAGAAUACCAGGUAAAAAUGGCCCCUUCUGUGGUGGCUAAAGGCUUGAUUGAUGAGUCAUGGCCACAGAACUGCUGGGACCUGGGCCUGGCUGCUCACAUGCACUUACCCUUUGAACCCCAUCUAACAGAAAUGAGGGCAAGCCAGAAAACACUUCCUCACAGGUGCAGUGCUAAACCUUGGAGGACCCACUGACCAGACAGUCUUCAAGAGCUCUUUCAACUCAGAAAACCCUUCUGAGUUCUGCCACUUUUGGUGCUUCCUUCUAGGUUCCUGGUGGACUUUCUGUGGCCUGGGAGUCCUCAGGACUGUAGACCAGACCUCCAGAGUCAGAGAGGAAGAGUGAGGGAGGAAAGCAGUUGAAGCAGCAGAAAGGAAAUCAUCGCCCACGCUUGGGCCUGUGGUGAUAGAACCUCACUUAGCAGCUCCAUCCCCAUAUCUACACAUUGGUUAGGCCAGGCCCUUGCCCUUACAUGGGCGUGUGACUGUGGGCCCAGAACAAACCUGCUCCAUACCUGCUCACUGGGCCCAGAACAAACAAUCUCCUAUUUUUGCAAGCAGACUUGGCCUAGUCCAAAGGCCAAGGUCUCUUGAGAAUUUGAUGCUAAUCCCAUUGGAUAUUUCUCAUACCUCCCUCAUGCCCCAUCUGGUAUUGUUCCUUUCUGGACUGAAUAGGUCUUGUUUCUUCCUCAUUACAAGUUUCUGCCUGUGUGCAGUAGAAAGCUUCAGGACACAUUCCAGUUUUGAGUGGCCGAAGCCACAAAAAGUUAGUAUUUGGAGCAGUAGGAUACGAGAGGAAGAGCGACAGGCAGAAACUUGGAUUUGAUUUUAAAAAAUGAAAAAGAUUCGUGGAGCACCCACUAUAACUGGAAUGAAAGAGGAAAAGCAAUUAGCUUUCCCUAAAGGUUAUGCGGCUCUUGGUAGGGGUAGAGGGCUCACGUUGCAGGGAAUCCAGGAGGGCCUUGCCUGGCUGCGUUGGAUGCGAGGUUUGUGUGCAGGAUCUAGGUUACGCAAAGUGGGUAAUCAGAGGUGACAAGUAAUUAAAGUGAAGGAUUUAAAGGAGGGCGUAGGACAAACAGUUGAGUCAGGAGGAGGUACAUAGUCCCCAUCCUCCCAACAGGUUGCACAGCCAGGUGGGAGGGCAUAAGGCACUCUGGGUGUUUGCUGACAGACUUGCUAAUUAAACCCAAAAGGCAAUAUUGCUUUGCCAAUAGUGAUGGCUGUGCCAAUGUUAUCAGUUGCAAACUGGCUGCCAGGAGCAUCUUAAUUAAAAAUAAACAGCUCUGGAGGUGGGCUUGGGAGAGUGAGGACAGGGGAUCCUGCCUGGGUUACUUAGGACAUCUAGGAUUGCUCCUAGGGAAAGUCACUUUGAGGCCACCUCCUUUACUCAAAGGAGCCUCUGUUCAUAACAAGGUGGUGUGAUAUGUACAACUUGCCCUGCUUCCUUAGACACCUGGGUGCUGAAGUGACAAGCAAACAGAACCACUAGGAGCAGGUUACAUGGUACAGUUCAGCCUCAGAAGAAAAUACUAGGGGGCGGGAAGGCGGACGCUAAUGAUUUCUGCCUGGUCUCUAAAUUGAGGGGACAGCUAAAGCCUAAGGCCUCUCCUAAGAGGGGUUAGAAUUUCAUCAGAAAGCAAGUCUGGUCACAUGAGAAUUUCUGGCACUGUGUGCAUGGCAGGCUGGACACCAGCCUGCAAGAAUUGAGCGAGUGGAUCGUAUUGGCUUCAGCAGAGGGGAAAAGUCCCAGACUAGCCCAGGAGAAGGAGCCGACUCACUCCCCUGCCUGCUGACUUCCCUGGCUUCUUGGGCAGAAGCAGCACAGCUGCUGUGGUGGGCUAGGGCUUUUACAUCUGAAGCCCCCUUUAUUUUAACCCUAAAGAAAGUGUGUGUUCCCCGGGACUGAAGACCGAAAGAUGCCUAAGGAAUGCAAUGCUUUCCACGCCCUCUCGGCAGCUCUGUGCUGCUUCUAUCACCGCAAGUCUUUCAUUGGAGUGAAGUUCUCCAAGGAGAGGCACAUGAUGGACAGGACCCCCGAGAGGCUGAAGAAGGAGCUGGAGGAGGAGCUGCUGCUGAGCAGCGAGGACCUGCGCAGCCAUGCCUGGUACCACGGCCGCAUUCCCCGACAGGUGUCUGAAAACCUUGUGCAGCGAGAUGGCGACUUCCUAGUUCGUGACUCUCUGUCCAGCCCUGGGAACUUCGUCCUAACCUGUCAGUGGAAGAACCUUGCUCAGCACUUCAAAAUCAACCGGACAGUUCUGCGGCUCAGCGAGGCAUAUAGCCGCGUACAGUACCAGUUCGAGAUGGAGAGCUUCGACUCCAUCCCCGGCCUGGUGCGCUGCUAUGUGGGCAACCGCCGGCCCAUCUCCCAGCACAGUGGUGCCAUCAUCUUCCAGCCCAUCAACAGGACGGUGCCCCUGCGGUGCCUGGAGGAGCGUUAUGGCACCUCCUCAGGCCGGGCCCAGGAGGGCAGCCUCACCGAGGGACGGCCGGAUGUGGCCAAGAGGUUGAGCCUCACCAUGGGUGGCGUCCAGACCCGAGAGCAGAAUUUGCCCAGGGGAAACCUCCUCAGAAAUAAAGAAAAGAGUGGUAGCCAGCCAGCCUGUCUGGAUCACAUGCAGGACAGAAGAGCCUUGUCCCUCAAAGCCCACCAGUCGGAGAGUUACCUGCCAAUUGGCUGCAAGCUGCCACCUCAGUCCUCAGGUGUGGACACAAGCCCCUGCCCAAACUCACCCGUGUUCAGGACAGGAAGCGAGCCAGCCCUGAGCCCAGCAGUGGUUCGGAGGGUCUCCUCGGACGCCAGGGCUGGGGAGGCACUGAGGGGAUCAGACAGCCAGCUGUGCCCUAAGCCACCCCCUAAGCCCUGCAAGGUACCCCUCCUCAAGGCUCCCUCAUCUCCUUCUGCCUGGCUCAACUCAGAGGCCAACUACUGUGAACUGAACCCAGCAUUUGCCACAGGCUGCAGCAGGGCAGCCAAGCUUCCCUUAUGUGCCCAGGGCAGCCGCACAGAACUGCUCACAGCCAGGCAGAAUGGGGUGCCAGGUCCCCGGAACUCUGGCAUCAACUACUUGAUCCUUGAUGGUGAUGACAGGGAAAGACCUUGGGAACCUGUGGCAACUCAGAUGGAGGAGGGGCAGUGGGACAAGGGCAAGUUUGUGACACCCCUCCUGGAGACUGUCUCCUCCUUCAGGCCCAAUGACUUUGAGUCAAAGCUCCUUCCCCCUGAGAAUAAGCCCCUGGAAACAGCAAUGCUGAAACGUGCAAAAGAAGUGUUCACCAACAGUAACCCCAAGAUCAUCGCCCAGCACAUACUGAGCAUGGACUGCAAGGUUGCUAGGAUACUUGAAGUCUCUGAAGAGAUGAAAAGGAACAUGGGGGUGAGCUCAGGCCUGGAACUCAUUACCUUGCCUCACGGACACCAGCUGCGCCUGGACAUAAUUGAAAGACACAACACAAUGGCCAUGGGCAUUGCAGUGGACAUUCUGGGCUGCACGAGCACUUUGGACGAGCGAGCAGCCACUCUCAGUAAGAUCAUCCAGGUGGCGGUGGAACUGAAGGAUUCCAUGGGGGACCUCUAUUCCUUCUCAGCUCUCAUGAAGGCCCUGGAAAUGCCACAGAUCACAAGGUUAGAAAAGAUGUGGACUGCCCUGCGGCACCAGUACACCCAAACUGCCAUCCUCUAUGAGAAACAGCUGAAGCCCUUCAGCAAAAUCCUGCAUGAAGGAAGAGAGUCCACGUGUGUUCCCCCAAGCAAUGUAUCAGUCCCACUGCUGAUGCCCCUUGUGACCUUAAUGGAGCGUCAGGCUGUCACUUUUGAAGGAACCGACAUGUGGGAAAAAAACGACCAAAGCUGUGAAAUCAUGCUCAACCAUUUGGCAACAGCACGAUUCAUGGCCCAGACUGCGGACAGCUACCGGAUGAAUGCUGAGAUGAACCUGGCAGGUUUUCAACCAGAUGAAGAAAUGAAUGAAAUCUGCAAGACUGAAUUUCAAAUGCGAUUGCUAUGGGGCAGCAAAGGUGCACAAGUCAAUCAGACAGAGAGAUAUGAGAAAUUCAACCAGAUUUUAACUGCCCUCUCCCGUAAACUGGAACCUCCUCCUGUAAAGCAGGCAGAGCUUUGAUAACUCUCCAGAGAAUCUUUAGAGUAUCUUUUCAAGUUUCCCCAGCUGCUUCUUUGGGAAAGCCAACCAUUUGAUAAAGUCAUAAUGUGCAAACCUGACAGUAUACAAGCUUUUAGUAUCCACAGGAUAUUAAACAUGUAAAUUGCACAGAGCACACUUAUUUAUGAAUUGUCUAAAAUUACUACUGAUUUUAAAAUGAAUAAUUUAUUAUUAAGGUAACUACUGCUAAUGUUGAUCAGCACACUCAAGAGAAGACCUAGCUAUGUUGGCUGGUUGCUUUCUAUGGUAUUUGACGAUUUUAGUUUUCAUUCCAUGUCAGAUAAGUGUAAAUAGAAGUUUAAAAGCAUGAAACAUUUCAGAAGGUAUCAGUUAUAUGAUAUUCUUUAAACAAGAAAAAUGUAAAUAGUCAUGAAUAAAAAAUAUAUCUUUUUGCGAAA